CCUGCCUUGUCUGUGUGCGCUGGAAACCAUGCUGUGCUGCUGGGCGGUAGCAGCGAGCACCUCUCGGACAGCUGAAGGGGGAGGAGAUCGUCUCCUUGCGCACUGCGAGCUGGAGACAGUGCUGUGCGCGCCGGCCAACGGCGGCAGUUGAAAUCGCGCCACGUUUGUGGGACAGGACAGCCGAGUGCCGACUCUCUCUCUUUUUUUUUUUCCUUGCUGUGCCGUGGUUGUGUUUGCUGGAUUCAUGUGCUUACUGCCGUCAUGUAGCCUCCUCCGCUCCUCCACCCGUCUCCCAGCAUCUCUCCUGCCUGUCGGAGCAGGCUCUGGGUUUUUGGAGAGGAGAGCCUGAACAGCCGGGAGAAUGGUGCAGCGCUUCAGCCUCCGCAGGCAGUACUCCAAGAUCGAGCGGCUGGAGGUCAGUGGCCUGGCGCAGACGUCCAACGCGGUAGCCUGCAGCGCCGAUGGCUCCUACCCCGUGGACGUGGUGGACAGCACGCCGGACCCGCAGCGCACCAAGCAGGCCAUCACGCAGCUGCAGCAGAAGAUCCUCAGGCUGACGGAGCAGAUCAAGAUCGAGCAGACGGCGCGCGACGACAACGUGGCCGAGUACCUGAAGCUGGCCAACAACGCCGACAAGCAGCAGAGCGCCCGCAUCAAGCAGGUCUUCGAGAAGAAGAACCAGAAGUCGGCGCAGACCAUCCAGCAGCUGCAGCGGAAGCUGGAGCACUACCACCGCAAGCUGCGGGAGGUGGAGCACAACGGCAUCCCCCGUCAGCCCAAGGACGUCUUCCGGGACAUGCACCAGGGCCUGAAGGACGUGGGCGCCAAGGUGACGGGCUUCAGCGAGGGCGUGGUGGACAGCGUGAAGGGCGGCCUUUCCAGCUUCUCCCAGGCGACACACUCGGCCGCGGGGGCGGUGGUCUCCAAGCCCAGGGAGAUCGCCUCGCUGAUCCGGAACAAGUUCGGCAGCGCCGACAACAUCUCAGGCCUGAAGGACUCCCUGGAUGAGUCUCAGGGCGAGGAGGGGGGCGCCCGGCCCCUGGGUGUAGGCAGCCACCUGCAGUCCAGCCCCAAGUACGGCAGCGAGGAUGACUGCUCGAGCGCCACCUCGGGCUCCGCGGGGGCCAACAGCACCACCGGCGCCCCCGGGGGCCCCCCCAGCUCCAAGGCCAACGCUUUGGACACCCUGCAGAGCUCAGGCUUGGACGCACUCUUCCACGAGAUUCAGGAGAUCCGUGAGAACCAGAGCCGGCUGGAAGAGUCCUUCGAGAACCUCAAAACGCACUACCAGAAGGACAAUACCUUAAUCAUGGAGGCCCUGCAGGAAGAGCGCUACAGGUGUGAGCGCCUGGAGGAGCAGCUCAACGACCUGACGGAGCUCCACCAGAACGAGAUCCUCAACCUGAAGCAGGAGCUGGCCAGCAUGGAGGAGAAGAUCGCCUACCAGUCCUACGAGCGGGCACGGGACAUCCAGGAGGCGCUGGAGGCCUGUCAGACGCGCAUCUCCAAGAUGGAGCUGCAGCAGCAGCAGCAGCAGGUGGUCCAGCUGGAGGGCCUGGAGAAUGCCACGGCGCGUACCCUGCUGGGCAAGCUCAUCAAUGUGCUGCUGGCCGUCAUGGCCGUGCUGCUGGUCUUCGUCUCCACCGUGGCCAACUGCGUGGUGCCCCUCAUGAAGACGCGCAACCGGACUUUUAGCACUUUCUUCCUGGUGGUGAUGCUGGCGUUCCUAUGGAAAAACUGGGACGCCAUCUCGGGAUACAUGGACCGCUUCCUACAGUCCCCCAGAUAACCGCCACAGGACAAAUCAGGU